ACAUAGUUUCUCUUCCAACAUUCAUUCAAGUAUUAAACCCACAUAAUUUCUCUCUUAUCGUUGCAUAUAGAGACGCCAUGGCAGAAGACUUGGUCCUGUUGGAUUUAUGGGCUAGCCCAUUUGGCAUGAGAGUGCGAAUAGCCUUAGCAGAGAAGGGAUUGGAGUAUGAAUCCAGAGAAGAAGACUUGAGCAACAAGAGUUCUCUGCUCUUGAAAAUGAACCCUGUUCACAAGCAAAUCCCUGUUCUGAUCCACAAAGGUAGACCAGUUUGUGAAUCUCUUAUUAUAGUUCAGUACAUCGAUGAGGUUUGGAGCCACAACUCUCCUCUGCUUCCUUCUGAUCCCUAUGAGAGAGCCAAUGCCAGGUUUUGGGCGGACUAUGUUGAUAAAAAGAUUUACUCGACGAGCCGACAAGUGUGCCUGGCCACGGGGGAAGUCCAGGAAGAAGCAAAGAAGCAACUGAUAGAGUGCUUUAAGCUGUUGGAAGGAGAGCUUGGAGAGAAGACUUACUUUGGUGGUGAAAAUUUUGGCUUGGUUGACGUAGCACUAAUACCACUCUAUAGUUGGUUUUAUGCAUUGGAGACAUCUGCCAAUUUUAGCAUUGCUGAGGAGUGUCCAAGGCUUGUGGCAUGGGCUAAGAGAUGCAUCCUUAGGAAGAGUGUCUCCAAAUCUCUCCCUGAUCAGUACAAGGUUUAUGACUACCUUUUGGAGCUCAAGAAGAAGCUGCUUCAGUCUCAUUAGGCCUGCUUUAUGCAAUUCUGGUUUACCUAUCAUAUCUAUGCACAAGAUAUCCGGUGUGGACAUUCGUAACUUUAAAUUUACAUACUUUUGUUUUAAGUAUGUAUUCAAAAUAAAAGAGAUGGUUCCCACUAGUUCGGGCUCCACUAGUUCAUAGAAAUGAUGGACAUCCAUAAUAUAUAAAGUUAUGGAGGUUUGCAUGUGAGCUGUUGUGCAUGUCUAUGUAUUUUGUUUUUGUUUUUUUGGUUGUGUUUGGUGUUUUAGCUCAAAUAAUUUAAUGGAUGUCUCUAAUGGAACCGAUAAUAGAUUGAAGAACAUCAGAUUGGUGAUCAUUCAAAUAUGAUCUGUUCAAUUUAA